CUCGGAUCAGUUGGAUCGGUUUACUGCCACAAUGCGGAGUCUACGGAGACUCGGAUUACUCCUCAUCGUGUACACGUUCACAGCUCUCGUCUCCCCUGGCAGUUCCAUUGUCAAUCCCCGACCAAAGCCCACGUAUCAGCCCGACUUUGUGUUUCCCUCAGUGCCCGAACACGACCGUCGACGACUGCCCAUCUGGGGGUUAAGCCUAUACGACCUUAGCACUGGAUCCAGUAACCAGAGGCUGAAACGACAAAUGCAGCCAACGAGCUCUGUUUUUGAAUUGGAAAGCACAGACAGAGCUUCAGUAGAAGCCAGCCCAAGAGCGGCCAGGGCAAAGACUACUCCCAGAAACCAUAACUAAAGAACAGCCAGCGGGCUGUGACACUCAACAUUUAAGCUGGGAAAGCCUUGGAAUGUCUUUAAAUUAGUUUACAUUAUAUGAUCAUCCCAGAUUGUGGGAAAUGCCUGCAAAUAUUUAUUUAGAAUUUUCAUUUGCUUGAUGGCAGCACAAAGAACAGAUCUCUAAACGUAAUGCCACUCGUUGGGGGCUUCUCCCUACGCUUUUCUUAAUCGCUUUUGCUCAUCGAUUUUCAACGAAGAGAGCUGCCAGGGGGCUCGUCUGCAAAGCGGAAAACACUUAAGAAUCGAUCGAUUCAUUGGUUGGCGAUGAUGAGAU